AUGGCGACCACUCCUUCAAAUCAACCAUAUUCAACAAAUCCCCUAGAUUGCCUUCCAGGGAAACUACCUCAAGCACAGAUUCCGGAUGGCGUCGAUCUCCAAGCGGGACCAAAUACCAUUGCUGAUAAGUUUCCUCACCUCGCGGCAGAUGACUUCACCGACGAUGCAAUAUGGCGUGACACCUACGGCCUUACAGGCACGAUGCGUACAUUCUAUUCUUCAGACAGAAUUUCUACUACGUGGAGUAUCUUGAGUAAAUCCCGCGGCGUUUCAUCCGCUGUCAAAAUUGUCCCAAACUCUGCCAAGAUCAUUAGGCUUCAUGAAGAGGCUUCUUGGUUAGAAUGCCGGUUUACUUUCCAAACAAAGUAUCCUGAAACAGAGUGUUCAGCUAUACUGCACUUAGUACCAGUUGCUGGUGGGAUAUGGAAAAUCUGGGUGCUACGCACAAUCCUGGAGCAGAUUUCGGGCCAUGGCAACGUCGAUUCUCUCGCGCCAUGUAUACCACAGACAGACAGCAGCAUGCACGUAGAACAGGAAAGUAUCAGCUCAUCCGGGGAGUCCCACUUUCAUGCUGUAAUUAUUGGGGGUGGUCAGAGUGGACUUAGCACCGGUGGCCGUCUUCAAGCACUGGGAGUCUCCUACGUUAUACUAGAGAAGAAUGAAGAGGUUGGCGCUGCUUGGGGCUUAAGAUACAACUCUGCAAAACUUCAUACAGUUCGGGAAUAUGCACACCUCCCAUUUGACCGUACUUUUGGUUCUGAACUAGGUGAAUAUCUUGGUAAAGAGGAAUUAGCCGCUGGUCAUAAAAAAUGGGCCAAGAAGUACGGAAUUAAUAUCUCGCUCUCAACAACGUUAGAAUCUGGAACUUGGGACAUAGAUCGGCAACUUUACACUCUGAGUAUUAAAAGAAACGGUGCUACCUUAAGAAUUACAGCGAAACAUGUUGUUUUCGCUACAGGAGCCGGAUCGCAAGUUCCUUUAAUCCCAGAGUGGCCGGACAAGCAUCAAUUUAGCGGCAUCUUAAUGCACUCUCAAAACUAUAAAUCUGCAGUAGGCUGGAAAGGAAAGCGAGGAAUUGUUGUUGGCACAGCAAACACAGCUCACGACGUCGCUGAUGAUAUGCUUGAAGCAGGCAUGGCGGUGACAAUGAUUCAGCGCAGCCGUACAUUUGUGCUUCCAGUAGAAUACAUCGCGAGUCGAUAUCACCUGUUAUAUAAUGAAAACAUACCAACCGAAAUAAGCGAUCGAACAAUGUUUAGCAAUCCUAUCUCAAUCAGUCGACUUUUAUCAGCUCAGGCAUUUCACCCUAUGGCGAAAGCCCAACCGGAGAGAUGGGAAGCUCUUGAACAGGUUGGCUUCAAGGUGAAUCCCUAUGGGGAUAUUCAAGAAGCUAUCAACAUUAAAUUAGGAGGUCACUACAUCGAUGUCGGUACCUCGGCUAAGAUCAGUAAAGGCUAUAUUAAAGUCAAGUCAGACGCGCUGGUGGAAAGGUAUACUCAGUCUGGCCUAGCUUUUACAGACGGAACGAAAAUCGAUGCAGACGUUAUCGUGCUUGCUACAGGCUUUGAUGGAAAUUUGCGAAAUGAUGUCGAGCGCAUUUUUGGUAAGGCCGUGGCAGAUUGUGCUGGUGAUUGUUUUGGGAUUAAUGAAGAAGGGGAAGUGCUUGGGGCUUUUCGAGUACUCCAGCAGCCUGGACUGUGGUAUCUUGGUGGUGCUUUAGGCCACGCAAGAUAUUAUUCUCGGUUCAUUGCACUUUCGAUCAAGGCUGACGAGCUAGGCAUACCCUUUCCGGUGCAUUCAGACUACAGUCGCAAUACAGUAGUAUAG